CGUUUCAGUGAUUAAUUGUCGCGGGCUGUAAUUGGAUGUAUUCGACGGCGGUCCACGCGAGUAUCUUAUACCAGUUCGGCACAAACGUCGACAUGCUUCACGUCGAGAGCCGUGUCGAGUAGAUAGUGAAAGGACAUUUAAUUCCACGUCGUGGCACGUAGCAGAGUCGGUGCAGGACACUGUCGGUAGCGAAAGGAAAUCCACGGAUCUCGUGCCUAGCAUGUCUAGGGGAUGGACACUUAGAGAGCUUUAUGAAUCGUGCGCGACGCCGAUCGUCCCUCGGUCGCUAGCGAUUUAGAAACAGCCACGUCGAUUUCGGAAAGAACCACGACCAGGAUCGUGCAGCCAGGAGAAUUCUCAUGGAAACGAGAAAAAAGUAUUCAGGCUGGGCCAUGUUCUUCCCUCCUGUGUUCGAGGGAUGUUUUGAGUGCAAUUUAACUUGCACAGCCGAAAGAGAGGGUUAGGAAAGGAAGGUAGGAACAGGCGAAAAAGAAACAGAAGUGGCUGGCUGGAUCUCAGCCGCGGGCCACGCGAGCUGCAACUACUCAAAGACGUUUUGCAUAACGAAGUUACGAAGCGAUUCGUUGGCGAAGAACGUUGUAUGGCCUACAAAAUAACUCGAGACUCGUCCCGCUGAUUGAAAGUACCUCUAGAACAUUGUAUCGCUUCCGGUGACGGCUGAGAAUCAAGCGGAGGUGAUCUCGGCGAGCGGUCGGCAGACCUUCGAGGCCGUGGCUGAAGUCGUGUUCGACGGUUAUGCUGCUGGCGUCGCUUCGAGUGGCCGCCAGCAAAUGCUGUCAUGCUCUUGCCAUGCCAGCCGGCGGCCAGGAAGAGGCCGCUGGUCACGAGGUCCUUGAGCAGAUCGAAAAGCUGCCUCGUGUUGAUUAUUGUCCUCGUGUUGAUCGGUCGCGAGGUAUCGCGAGCUGCCACGCAGAUCCGCUACGCUUCGCGCAUCGUCGAGACCAAGAGCGGACAGAUACGUGGGAUUCUUCAGGAUUUGAACAGCAGGCACUUAGAUCCCGUAGAAGUGUUCCGGGGUAUACCGUACGCGGCACCUCCCGUAGGAGAUUUACGAUUUCGACCACCGAUAUCGCCGAUCCCCUGGGACGGCAUCAAACUGGCGGAUUCCUUCGGCGCGGUUUGCCCCCAGCACUUUCCGGACAUCAGCAAUGACACAGCUGCUUUGUUGCAAAUGCCUCUAGGCAGAUACCAGCAGCUGAAACGUUUGUACAUGUUCCUGACCAACCAGAGCGAGGACUGCCUGUUUUUGAACCUGUACAUACCCGGCAGUGGUUCACGAGGACUAGAAGCACCAUACGCUGUGAUGGUGUACGUUCACGGUGAAAGUUUCGAAUGGGGAACGGGAAACAUCUACGAUGGGUCCGUUUUGGCAAGCGCUGGACACGUCAUAGUAAUCACCCUUAAUUAUCGUCUUGGAAUCUUAGGUUUCUUGAGGACUCGUCCGUAUCCAGACAGAACGCCAGGAUCUGGUGGAAAUCUGGCCUUGAAGGAUAUCGCUAUGGGACUACGCUGGGUACGUGAAAAUAUCGCUGCUUUUGGAGGCGAUCCGACAAAAAUCACGUUGAUUGGACACGAUACUGGAGCUGCGCUGGUGAACCUUCUUCUACUUGCUCCUUAUGGCAAGGGCCUUUUUCAUCGAGUCGUGUUAUCGAGUGGCUCAGCGUUAAGCCCAUGGGCGUCUGUUCACGAUCCGAACGACUUACGAUCGAAAGUAGCAAAGCAAAUAGGAUGUUCCACCGAGGACGACGAAGAUAUUGCCAACUGUCUACGCGGCAUUCCUCUGCGUGAGCUCAUGGCCGUCGAACUGCCGGAAAUCCGAUUCGUGCCACGGAUCGGACCAGGCUUGCCAGUGGACCAAAACAAUCCCGAUCCAGGGCUGGAUAUGGAACGAGCCAGCGACACGUUCAUCAAAGUACCUCUUAUCCUUGGUGUGUCUACUACGGAGUCGAAUUUAGAUUUUAACGCGAACGAUAUUCAGUACGGAUUCGAGGAGGAUCAUCGAAAUCGAAUUUUACGAACGUUCAUUAGGAACGCUUAUGUAUAUCAUUUGAACGAGAUUUUCUCCGCGGUGAGGAACGAGUAUACGGACUGGGACAAGCCUAUCCUUCAUCCUAUCAUUAUAAGGGAUUCGACGAUGGAGGCGUUGAGCGAUGGUCAUACCGUGGCUCCACUCAUGAGGAUUGCCUUUUAUCACGCCAGAAGGGGAGCCAAAACGUUCUUCUACCACUUCAGCCAUCAAACCAAAGACAACAGCCUUUUGCAGCGUCUGGGCAGCAUUCGUGGCGAGGAUAUACCGUAUAUCUUCGGGUUGCCACUGGUGGCUGGAGGAGCUUUCUUUCCCCGGAAUUAUUCCCGACAGGAUCAGGGCGUCGCCGAGGCAGUUCUCACGUUUUUCACGAAUUUCGCGAAAACCGGCAAUCCGAACGAGCCACACAAAAUCGAAUCGGUGGAUUAUGGGACACCGAAGGAGAAAACGCGAUACCGUGGUCUCACAUGGGAACAAUACGAAACGGGUACUCAACAGUAUCUCACAAUUGCGAUGAAACCGAAAAUGAAGAGCCACUACCGUGGCCAUAAAAUGGCGGUUUGGCUAAAUCUGAUACCACAACUGCAUCGACCCGGAGACGACGAUGUCUCAAUGCGGCAUCAUCAUUUUCGAGAAAGAGGUGACCACUUUUAUGCAGGACCAGUUCGAGACGAGUGGUACACUCCUCUGCCGCUUGUAGCGACAACCAAGAUGAGCGCCUCGUCGACAACAGCGUGCAGCACAUCUACAGGUGACGACAGUAUUACCGAAGACAUUACUCCUAUUCUGGACGAUUCGGAAGACGACGCUGAACUUUUACAAAGAUUAGCUUCUCGUCAUUACUACAGUACUACUACAGCCCUAGCAAUCACCGUAGGAAUCGGUUGCAUGUUAUUGGUGCUCAAUAUGCUGAUAUUCGCCGGCAUUUACUAUCAGAGGGAUCGUGACAAAAAGAGAGCCACAAUGGACUGCACGCCAAACGGGCAAGAAUCACUACCGAUGACUACCAGGUCGUCUAUGAAAGCUCCAGAAAGUCCUAGGCCAGCGCAAGAACCUCCACCAUCGUAUACUACCCUUGCAAGAAGCCCUUCGAUCCAGGAACAUCAACAAAUUGCUCAGAGUCAAUCGACAGAUGUCGAUGAACAGCCUAAAAGUGAACAGAAACUUAGCCACGGGACCAGCAACGCCAUCCACAAGGAUCCCAUUCCUCCGAAACCUCCCACGAGAACGACCAGCUCCUUGAGUACUACUAGUGGCACCAAUACUAUUAAAAAACGUGUGCAAAUACAAGAGAUAUCCGUAUAGCAUUAGGGGUUGCCCCAAGAGGGCAACAUGAAAACCAAGAAGGUGACUUUCAUAGAUUUUGCGGCGACUGGCGAGUCUAAGUUUUGAAAAAGUUUACAGGGAUAUGGAUUAACAAGUGUCUGGUUAUGACACGUAGCACAGGUUGACAAAGAAAAUUAUCUGUUUGAGUUGCAGUGAGAUAUCGAUGAAGAGUGAAGACUAUUGGUGUUACUUUCGACAAUUGUUGGAGGAAACUCUAAAGAACAAUGAGUUCUAAAGCGACAUUCAAUUGUAUGUUAAGUACUCUCUAAUUAUUCCGAUGUAUAAACAGCGAUAACUGCCAUAUGUCACUGAAAAGACAAAGUGCUUUAAAGGAAGACUUAGCAGACUACGAGUGUUCCUCUAUCAUGCACGUAAGACUUUAUGAACAUUUUGAGUGUAUUUCUUUGCAGGAUACGGUGUGUUUCUUCUAUGGAAUGCUAUCAAAGUUGUAUUACAAAGCGAUUCGAAAUGAGUUCAUCAAAUUUCAACUAAUUAAUUUCUCGUCAAGAAAUACUUAACUUGACUACAAGAACAGUAUUGUUAACUAAGAAUGAAACAUUUACGAAAUCAAGUGUCUAGGAAGCUGGUUUCGAUUUUCUGCAAAUAUACUGUCGAAUAAUUAAAAUCUAACAGAUAUAUCUUUUCUUUUUAUUUGUUCUUUAUUUUACACUUAAAAAGCAAAGUAAAUUCUAAACUAUGAUAUUUAUCUCGUAUAUUGAAAUAGACGAAAGUUGGAAAAAGGUCGUAUCUCUAAAAUUGUUUAAUCUGACAGUAUAUUUGACGAAGAAUGGAAUCGAUGAUAAAAAUCCAUAAGUCAACACUGUAACUGUCACAAUCAGUGUUCUUUCAAGUGUUCUUCUCGUAGCUGACAUAAUGAUCAUGUAAUUAGAGUAACUCGUGGUAUAACUGACGCUGGGCUCAUGAAAAAUUUCUAUUUGCGUUUGUCUAUACAACUUAAAAGUGGUUUCGUGUCUUUCCUACUCCAGGUAUUGGAAACCGUGCACAAAAUCGCACAGAGAUAAUAAAUUAAAUAACGUCUGUGUAACACGAUCCGUAGAAAAUUGUAUGAGAGAAUGUUCGUCUGAAAUGAUUUCUAAAAUUUAAAUGAUGAUAAUUGUACUUCGUAGUGUCACUGUGAUCAAUAUCAAUAUUUUUUAAAAAUCAAAAACAAAAUUUAUAGAUAAAAAUCAUUAUGUUAGUUUCAUUUGUCGUUGAAAAUUAUUCGUCUUUGUUUAUUAAAGGACAGGAAUUAUUAUUUAUUUCUGUUUUUUAUUUGUACUAUGAAUAUACAUAUUCUACUUUAUUAUGUAGCAUAUAAAUAGUAUAAAGCGCAAGUUGAAGAACUCUGUCAAUUUUGCGUUGCCUCCUCGUUAUCUUGAUAUCAUCCCUCGUUAUUUAAAAUAAUUUAAGGAGAAAAAGAGAAACAAAACCUAAAAAAAUGUAUAUUUAAGCACUCGAUACUGAAAGAGAUCAGUUCUCGUAUUCGCAUUAGAAUCUCAUGCGAAUGUUGUGUGAAAGUUCUGGGUUAAAGUAAACAAAAGGAAAUUACAUGUUUAAUGGUUCAAUUUGAGUGGAACUCGCACUGCACUUGCGGAAUUAUCGAUGGUUCUCUAGUGACAACAUGUGCUCAAAACGUAAUCAUAAAGUGGAACACAAUUUCCUUUAAAUUAAAUAUUAUCUACACCUCUUCGACCAAGUAAUCUAAGGCGAGAUUACGCCCA